UCUCUAGAAUCUGUAUUCUGUUAUCUGAAACCGAAAAUAUUGUCAGUUUUAUUGAACUUUGAAGAAGAAGAAGAAGAUGCAGUCAUGUGGCCCUUGUCUCCACCUCUGCAAGACAUCUUUCACCGCCAGUCAUCAACUCGGAUUUCACCACACCCUCAAAACCACCUCUUCCAUACAAAAUCUUUCACUAGCCUCUAAUUUCCGAAAACUGAACUCUAAAAGACUCACAAUCCAAUGCCAGAGUAAACCCCACAACAGCCGUAGAGAUGGAGUGAAAGUGAAGGGGAACCAGGAAAAUAUCUGGAGUAUUGAUAAUGAUAUGGCCAGAGCAGCUGCGGAGAAAGAAAAGGGGAGAACGAAGCAAAGGAAGAGAAGAGGGAGGAGAGUGGUUAGAGGGAAGCGGAACAAAGGCGGUAGAAUCAUGGUCUCCGGUGCUAUGCUUAUGGAGGUUGAGACUGUCCUUCAAACUCAGGAACCUGUAAUAAGACCAGCAUGGAAUACAUUUGCAAGUAGUGUGAGUGGGAUAUGGAAGGGAGUGGGAGCAGUAUUUUCACCCAUCACAGCCGAAAUGGAACCCAUUGAAGUCGGAAGUAGGAAUGAAAAUUUAUAUGACUGCUAUACUCUUUCUUGCAUUGAGACAGUGCCGUCGCCAUCUAAAGGACAGAGAUCACAAAUUAAAAGGAAGAUCAAUUGGGUGACUUUAAAUCCUUAUGGUGAAGUACAACAUCACGUUGGAGGAGGUGGUAAUGCAUCAUUACCUGCGAACCAAAAUCAUGUUUUGCCUGAUUUUGAAUCUUUUGACGUUGAAAGAAGUGAUUUACUGGAAGAAGAUAUCAUGGGUAAUGAACCAGGUCUUGUUUUCUUUGAGGAUGGAUCAUAUUCUAGGGGUCCAGUUGAUAUUCCAGUUGGUAAUGUUGAUGAAUCCGAAUAUUAUCUGACACCAACAUUUAAAUUUGAGCAAUGUUUGGUCAAAGGUUGUCAUAAAAGACUCCGUAUUGUGCAUACCAUAGAAUUCAGUAAUGGAGGUUCAGACAUACAGAUAAUGAGAGUUGCUGUUUAUGAAGAACAGUGGGUCAGCCCUGCAAAAAGCCGUGUCAAAAGUGAUAUGGAGUUUGAUCUAAAGCCAUUUUCGCAGAGGAAAAGAACCCAGCCAUCAGAGCUUUCUGGGUCUUGGAAAGUGUUUGAGGUGAGUGCUACUCCAGUAUUUGGAGAGGAGACUUUAACUGAGGACAGCAAUAGUGCCCCAUACGUCUACCUUUGUACAGAAACCUUGAAAAAGAGAAGCUUGCCUGAAAAUCCUGUUUACUUUGGGGAGGAGGAGAUGGUAGACAUGCAGGAUGUGACUGUCCUUUGGCUGCCAGGUGGCGUCACAGGAUAUGUUGAUGUGGACAAGGAUGGCAUACUAUGCAUUGGAGUUGGGUGGUACUCGGACGAGGGAAUCAACCUUGUUAUGGAAAGAGAUUAUGGAUUAGAUGGGAAGCUGAGGGAAGUCCGGUGGAAAUCUGAGGUAAAGAGAAGGUGGUCCGAUCCACAGCUUGUGUAAAUUUUCAGUUGUUAAUAUAAAAGAGUCUUAAUUCGUAAGUACUGACACACACAACUUGUAAAUUGGCUUAAUGCUUGGUCCAUUGGAGCUUUUUGAGAGACGGGGAGAAACUUGUGUUGUGCUACAAGUCCAUGUUAAGAUAAUAAAAAAAACAAGAUAGGCUCGUUUUAUUUUGUACUUCCAAAUUUUUAGCUGUAGAGUUGGUAAUGGUAAGUUUGGGUUUGAUGCUACUGUUGGAUUCUGAUUUGAAGAGCAAUAAGAGAAGCAUAAUAUUCCCGAGUU